CAAAGGCCUUUCAGCUUCUCGCGUCUGUGCUUUUUAAAUACACCUGGAAGUGGAUCAAGUUUUUUAAACCAAAGGCUGAUCAACGUAACAACAUUUUCUUUUGCAGACUGCAGUAACUGUGCAGUGUUCAUGGUGGCGGUAAAGAAAGAGCCGGUAGUUGUACCCCUGAAGCUGUUGAUAGAUGAGAAGAAUAAUCGAGUACUGGCCGCGGAGGCUAACAAGGACUUCGUUGAAAUACUCUUCAGCUUUCUCACCUUCCCAAUGGGAACCAUCAUCAGACUCAUCACCUCUGCAAAGGAUGAACCCACAGCUUCUGUAACAAUAGGGUGCAUGAACAAGCUAUACACGGGUAUUCAAAACCUCAGCAGCGAGUACUGGCAGACAGAGUACUGCAAGAACAUGCUUCUCAAUCCAAGAAAUCACCUUGCCCAAUACUGCAAGAAGUUGAAGAUUAACAUUGAUGAUUCUGGGUCCGAAUUGUCUUACGCCUGUAACUACCAGGGCUGUCCCUAUCAUAGCAUGUACAGAAAUGUUAGGUGCUUAUGUGGAAGGGGGAUGACCACACAAGAGAAGCCUUCAGUUGAUUCCAGUUCCUCAAGUAAUCAGGGUGCGGCCUUUCUGACAGGGGGAAUAGAGUUCUUAAUCAGUGACGAUUUACAGGUCAGGCCUGCCUCUCCUGCAGUUUUUGCUGAACUUAUACCCGACCUCGGUUCAGGAGAUUGCAGUGCAAUGCCAAUAAGGGAGAUGCAUCUUGAUGUUUCCAAGGCUCAGGUAAUCAAUCGACCACUGAUAAAUUUGAUAACCACCAUAUUCUAUCUAUUUUUUAGGCAAAUUUAUAGAAAACUCAUUUGGAAAGAUUGAAAUGAGUCAAGUUUUGUCAAUAAUAUAAUUAUAAACUGGUUGCAGUUAAUCUGUCUGCUUGCAUGCGCUCUGGUUUCGGAGUCUCCCUUAAGUGACGUCUUUCUGGCAAAACGGCAAGCGGGAUCUGGCAUAGCUGGAAUCCAAAUGAAGCAGCUGAAACUUGGAACUACUUUUUCAUCCUCACCAGCUGCUGUCCAAGUUAAUCAGAAUGGCCCUAACAUGAAGCUAAAAGUAACUUGCGUCAAGUCUUCAAAAGAGAUAUUGUUUGGUGAAGCGACAGAUGAGUUCUUUGAUUUCUUGUGCACCUUUCUGACCACUCCUAUAGGAUCAAUGAUAAGUGUUUUGGAAGGCAAAUCGGGAUUAACAUGUAUGGACAAUUUGUACAAGAGUGUGGUGUAUUUGGAUCACAAAUGGUUUUGGUUGUCUAAGAAAGACUUGCUCAACCCAGGUAUUGCCAAACAUCAUAACUGCAAGACGCAGCCUCUCAUAUCUAUCAGCCCCUCAUCAUAUUCUAGUAGUUCUUAUCUGAUCAAUCCGAGGGGGAGGGAUAAUUUUUCUGUGGAACCAUCAGCGUUCUUGGUCCCGGAUGAUCUUGAUGUGAAGCCCCUUUCGGGUGCUUCUAGUUUCCUCUUACUCAAGGGUUUGGGCAUUCCCUUCAGCCAGACCGAGGUGCAAUGGGUCACUGUCGGUACUAAAGAGGCUUUGAGCUUACUGAAGGCUGCUCUGACAUCACCAUCAUCAGCUCUUACAAAUGGCCUAGGCCCCUUCUUGCAGAAGCACACACCCUAACUCAGCGAGAGCUUCAGUUUUUCAAAUGGAAACCUACCUUAGUAGUUCACUAGUUUUUCACCAACAUUUCCAUUUUCUAAAAAAUGUAAUUCCAGUACUUGUUUGCUCUCGGGACUGUGCUUUAUGUAAUUCGAGUCCCAACCCAACUUUUUUUCGAAUCCU